AUGUAUAGAGAUCAACCCAGGCUGCGAGGCGGCGGCGAUGAUACGGAAGACGAUGAGAUGGACUGUGGCAGCUCGCCCAUCCGCCAUCAACAGGAACCACGCUUUGGAACACCAAGCCCCAGGCGUAACAACAACAUGGAUACCGCCAUGACCGAUGGCGAACAGCAGUGGCCAGCAGAGCCUCCUGGAGCCUCGAGAUGGCAUCGAGAUGAGAAUGAUUAUCGGAAUAGGCCAACGCAGGCGUUAGCGGCUGGCGUCGCGGGCUCGACAAACCCUCAUGUGGAGGUCAACCAUGGUCCCGGGAUUGGCACGUCAGACACCGGACUAGGACAAACAUAUUGUCUCUUCCACUCAAACUAUUCCGCGUCGGCGCGCUCCCAGUGUCGACUGGUACCGAACAGUAGCCUCGAAGAGAUGUACAACUGCGGUAGCCAAGUUCAAGAGCCUGCCCCACCGACAGGGGUCGACGCAAUCGCAGACACGAUGUCGAUGCAUUCUCAGACGAGCAGGGACGAGCCAGAUGUACAGAUGUCGGACGAUACUUCGAGUCAGUCUACGAUACUGAGUCCUCCUCCGGCGCCGCCCGGCGUACAGGUGAGAAAGCGGAAAGCAUCACCGGAAGCAGAACUGCCCGAGAAGAAGAGGCCAAAGGACGAGGGUCCGACUGGUGGGCCGGACGGUGGACAGGGCUAUCUCUGA